AUGUCAUGGACGGGAAAUAAUGUUCGUCGAUUGCCUAUUGUUCGUGGAACUCCGAACGAAUUGAUAUUUUUGAACUUACUGCAGCAUUUGGUACAGAUCGAACUUGCGAAUCCGUUGGGCGAUUGCAUUUGGCAGACGGCCGAGAAGUUAGUUUGCCGUGCAACACUGAUAAACGAUAAAGACGACGCGGACAAACUCAUCAAUAUACACAGGAACUGUAGUUCAUCGAUAUCGAUGUCUGACAAAACAGUACUUCAGCAAUCGUCGCUGUGCACCUGUCCAUGUCAUUCGAACGGCUGCCCCUUCGAGUGUGGUUCCGAUUCCUCAAAUUUAUCCGGUGUUCAGGAGAACGUUCGACAGAAAGACCCCCCUGUUCGAAGUGUUCCUCCUCCGCCCCCGCUACUACUGCAUGGCGAUUGCUCAGCGAAGGUCCCCAGUGCACCAAACGUUUCUUCCCGGUCGCUGAAGAAUACCAGUUCACCACCACGCAGUCCUGAAGCCAACAGCAGAUGCAGCUCUGAAUCGAAGGAAAAGCCGCUUAGUUCAGGCCCUCCCGGUCGUUGUGUACCUCCUCCGGUUUUGCCACCGGCGCCAGUCGUCGAGGCGACCACUUUCACACACAAUCUUCCACAGCCAAGGGUGAAGGUGAAGACUUUCGCUUGGAACAAGGUGCCUUCGUGUAAGGUAAGCAGCUCAAGGAACAACGUAUGGCGGAAGGCGGCUAGCCGCUUCCGCUCCCUGUCUCCGGAUUUCCAUAUGCUGGAAACCCUGUUUGCCCAACCGGCCGCAACUACGCCGUCGGAACAGCGUCAUCAGUCAUUGCUCCCCUCCAACUCUUCCGGUAGUUGGGUGCUGCAGCGAAAACUACGCGAUUCCAGUCACGUGGUGAAUCUGCUUGACCCGAAACGCAGUCUGAACAUAAGCAUCUUUCUAAAGCAGUGUCAUGGCACAAUCGACAACUUCGUAGAGUUGAUACGGAAUUGCCGCGAAGAAGAUGUCGGUUUGGAAAGACUACGGUGUCUCAUGAAAAUCUUACCAGAGGCUGAGGAGAUCGCUACGCUGAAUGCCUAUAGGGGUGACAUUGAGAAGUUGGGCAAUCCAGAGAAGUUCUUUAUCACUUUAAUGGCGAUUCCAAGCUUCAAGCUCAGAACGGAAGGCAUGUUGCUGAAGGCAGAGUUUUCUCCUACCAUGGAAUACAUGGUGCAAGCGGCAGAGACGAUCAUCGCCGCGGCGGACGAGAUUCUGAACAAUCGCUCUUUACCCGGUUUGUUGUAUUUGGUACUUUUGGUUGGAAACUUUCUGAACAGCGGUUGUUACAACGGCAAUGCCGUCGGGUUUCGUUUAACGUCGUUGUGGAAAUUAGUCGAAGUCCGAGCCAACAAGCCAAACGUAACGCUGAUGAACUACGUCGUGCUGGUACGAGUAUUUUUUCUCUCUUUUUUUUCCGUCUGUAUUGCCCCUUUCUCUUCAUGCAUAAUGGAAAUUCUACCUGCUUAUAUUAUGUUCACAAACUUCGGCGGUGGUUAGCA